AUGGACAGAGCCGAGCCAACUACAGCCGCAACGUCCGAGGGCUCCUCUCGUGGUCCCUUGAUCCCACGGCUUCCUGUGGAGGUCUGUGAACGGAUCAUCGACCAUGUCGCGACGGGAAUGAAUCUCAAGCUGUUCUCUAUGGAGGCCGAGCCACAUCACACCGCUCUCAUUUCCUGCGCACUCACCGGGUGGACGUCCUCUCGCUCUCCAAGACACUCCGUGCAAAACCUCGCCUCCGUGAGGUCAUUCAACAUGUCGUCAUAUCGGGUGCUUCUCCCGGAAAAGCGUCAACCGAUCAGGCACCUGGGGACAUUUGUCGCUAUGCUCGUGGGCAAGGCUCCGAGGAGGUCGAUGAUCACCAUUGAACAUGCUGAGUGGACCAUCGGCUCGGUCCGAAUGGAGGACAUCGGCUUCCUAGCUGCAUUUAGCUCCUUGGACAGUCUGACCCUCGACAGCGUCACCUUGUCGAUCCAGCGUCGCCCAGCUGUCCCGCCUCGUGUCAGCGCUCCCCAGGCUUAG